AUGUCUGCUAUUAUUCUCAUUUCAAAUGAUGAUGGUUAUCGUGCCAAUGGUAUCGCAUCACUUUUAAACUUUGUUCAAGACUUAGGUAUAACCUAUACAAUUGCACCAGAUCAAGAACAAAGUUCCUGUGGCCAUGCACUAACCUUACACCGUCCCCUUCGUGUUACAAAAGAAGGCAAACACCUUUGGUCUGUCGAUGGCACACCAACAGAUUGCGUUCAUUUAGGUCUACGCAGCACGGUUCUACCACAGCAACCAAAACUUGUUUUAACAGGUAUUAACCAUGGUAGUAAUUUGGGUGAUGAAAUUACCUAUUCCGGCACAGUCGCAGGGGCAAUGGAAGCCUGUCUACUGGGUGUACCAUCGAUUGCCUUUAGUUGUCUCUCUGCUGGUCAUAGUCGUAAUGAUUUGGAAGCUUUACGACUAUGGGUUCAUCAUAUUGUGACCUACGUCCUUAAAACUGGUCUUCCGAAAGGAACUUUUUUAAAUGUUAAUUUUCCAGAUCCACGACGCAGCAAAAUAGAAGGUUUACGUGUGACAACGCAAGGCACUCGUGUUUAUGGUGCAGAAGUUGUUGAGAAAUCAGACCCACGAGAACGCCGUUAUUACUGGAUUGGUGGCGAUGUCAUCGAUCAACCAACUGAACCAGGUAGUGAUGUCGAAGCAAUCGAAUCUGGUUUUGUCUCUGUAACGCCACUACAUUUAAAAUUAACAGACCAUAAAAUGGUAACAGCAUUAAAACAAACGAAUUUAGAAUGUAACCACCUGGCAUCUAGUUUACUAUCAAAUAAUGAUAUAUCAGACUCUCUACAAAACUUAACCAAUGUAAUUCCCUUGGAGAGACCUUGA